AUGUCUCCGGUCCCUCCAGAACCCACACCGUCGCAAGCACCUCCCUCGCUCGAAACGGGUAGGCAUGAAUCUCCUCCGGUGCCGACCACAGCCUCGGGCUUCCCCGAAAUCAAACUACGCCUCGAACUCCGCGAUCUCUCUCACCCGUCGACCGACCUCUUCCUGAAGAACUUCAACAGCGCCAAAGACCUUGCCGAGCUGGUCGACACCGUCUUGAAGCGACUUUAUACCUACCCCAGCCAUGACGACGCACCGACAAGACUACCCAUGCCCACGCACCCAAGGAUCCCACCUACACGUUCUGUUACCUUGAUCUUGCGGGAUAUGGACGGCGUAGCAUACACCACCGGCGCAGACAUCGACAACGAUCACAAAGAGAUCCACUUCUCACUCGGCUACCUCAACCACGUCGCAUCACAGAAAGCUGGCUACUCUGCGCGUACCGAGAUUCUCGGUGUCGUCUGUCACGAGUUGGUUCACUGCUUUCAGUGGAACGCCAGAGGUACCUGCAAUGGAGGUUUCAUCGAAGGAAUUGCCGAUUGGGUUCGUCUGAACGCUGGUUUCAUCCCUCCACACUGGAAGAAAGAGGCUGGCAAGAGUUGGGAUGCUGGAUAUCAGAAUACUGGUUACUUUCUUGAUUGGAUUGAGAAGAGUAGAGGUACGGGCAGUGUCUACGUCAUGAACCAAGCACUGUUCCACAAGAAAUAUGACAACGAGACGUACUGGAAAGACCUGUUCGGCCAAAGUGUCGAGAGUCUUUGGAAAGAGUACGCCGAGUCGCUCAAGAAGCCCAAAGACGAGUCUGAGGGCUAUGGCGAUCCGAACCUCAAGAUGCAGAUCCGUAUCAAGAAAGAUGUAGAGGGAUAG